UAUCUAUAGUUUUAAUUGUUAACUUUAUAGGUAUAUUUUAUGGGUAACACAUCUUCACAAGUUUCAGUUGAAUCUAUUGAUAACAAGAUAAAAAAUGAUUGUGUAGUAUUAUUCUCAACAACUAUAUGUGGUUAUUGUGACAAAGCCAAGGAACUAUUGAAUACUAUGAAUAUCAAAUAUAAAUGUAUUGAAUUGGACAAAAUGGAACCACCAGAAGGUGGAAAAUUAACAUUUGAACUUAUGAAAAAAACUAAUUGUAGAACUGUUCCGCAAAUCUUUAUAAAUGGUUCUUUUAUUGGUGGAUAUACUGAGCUUCUUGAUUUACAAAGAGUUGGUUUGUUGUUUGAGAAGUUGUCAAAAUGUUCAAAGCCAUGUUUUUAACUUUAUUUGUAUAUUGAUGUUUUUGAUUUAAUGAAAACGGAGAUAAAAACAAA